CGUCGUCAGCACUUCCUUCCUCCACACCAACACAGACCUCAGUGAAGGCUGAGAAUCCGAGGCUCGGGUGUAUAUACCCUUCGCCCUACAGUAAUCUACAGUGUAAACUGUCAGCAGCAGUUACACUGUUAUUCAGAUGUUUUGACCAGUAUGGAUAAAUGGAAACUCGGGUUUGCUCUGCUUCUGCUCCUCACUUCCUGUAUGGACAACAAAGCUGCUUGGGAGGACCUUGUGAAAACCACUGGCAAAGAACCCAAUGUCACUCCAAUAUGCAGCAAUGAAACGCUGAACGUUAUCAUGCUGAUAGUGUGUAAGAUCAGCACACAGGUGAGCAGAGGAGCAGGGUGCAGUCUGCUGUAUCGAAUUGGACAAAACUUUGAGCAUGAAUGUGACUCCAGGUUCACACUGAUGAAAGAAAACGGGACUGUAUUUCUCCACCUAACAAAUUUAACACCAGAGGAUAGCGGGAACUACACCUGUGAGUGUGUACAGACUGGAGGAACAUAUAAGCUCCAUCUCAAUGUCACUAUGGAAGGCACCAAAAGAGAUGAAGUCACCACCAGUCCUACAGAAUCACAUUUGCCUCUCACUUUCUAUGUUUUAAUUGGAGUGCUUAUCGUCUUAAUCAUAUCUGGAGUCAUCCUUGGGCUUAUAUACGUAAGAAAAUGGCACAGCAGAAUACGACAGGUGCCAAUAACCAGUCCUGAGAUAAUAACUGAUCUCGGAAACACAGAAGCGUACAUGGCAGCGGGAGAAAUUGAGCCAUACAGUAUCUUCAUGCAAAAAGAAAACGGGCUUUAUUUAACUUCUAAAAUAAACACAAAUCAUAUUACUUGAAAUACAUUUUAUGUAUCGAGGUAUGAAUUUGCAGCACUUUUAAAAUAAGCAUCUAUUUCCUAGUGAAACAAACAGUAAACAGUGAAGCUGGACUUGCCAUCUCCAAAGCAAUGAUGCUUUACUAAUAGUUUCACUCAUCUGUAGUCGAGUCAUCUGUAGCUGAAGUACAGUUUAUUUUAAUCUUUUAAGAGUAACAUUUAAUAUCUGAAACUGAAAUAUCAAAGUUUCAGUGUUUAAAAAAGAAGAAAGUGUACUGUCUUGAGUGACAAAAUAGACUUUUAUAGCACAUUUUCAGUUUGUUGAUUUCAGAGCUGUAAUAGCUUUAUAGCAAUAUUUAGAUCUUGACUGAUGUUGGAUGUUUAAGACUAGUACUGAUACCAAUAUUUAGUCAUUUCAAACUCAGAUGUAUAUUCACAUAUACCGAUUCUGAUGUUGUUGUCUUUCAGACACACAAAGAUAAACAAACUUCCCAAACAUUUGUUAGGUUUAGCUAUACGUGAGUCCUUACUAAGAUAAUAUCAUAAUGCAGUUUAAAACAAAAUCCUGUUUUAUUUUCAAAAGUCAGGGAUUACUCAUUUGUUCUCUGCCCGACUUUGCUCGGACCUGUUGGUUCUGGUGUUUGGCGUUUCAAACACAUCUGCAGAGUGCCCUCUUAUGGACGAACUAUGUAAUAAUCAUGGUUGAAUGGUGUUUCUUCCGUCUCAACUUUUAAUUUUUUUUUAUUUAUUAAUUAAUAUAAAUACGAUAUAAAGGCAAAUUGAUGGUAUUGACUGAUAGAUUAGCCCAGCUGAUAUAUUGGUUAAUAAUAAUAAUAAUGAUGAUAAUCCAAACCCAAGUUUUUAUGUCAAACAGCGUCAUGCAAAAAUCUUUUUUGAGGCAUGGUGCAAGUUCACUACACUGAGAUUUGUAACCCACUUUAAACCACUACGUGAAUCAAUAAUUAGCAUUUCCGCUUAUCGUUAUGUAAGUAUGGGUUGUUGAGUGUUUCAGGGCUUUUUCAGUUAAUGAGCUGUAACCCUGACCUCACACCAUCUUUGUGCUUCCUGUAUCAACUUCCUCUUCUCACAGACAGAUUUUGCUGUUUUGCACUUUACCAAUGUUCCCCACGCAGUUGGCUUUAAACAGGGACUCUCCAGCAACAACCACCAAACCUCUGCACACAAGUGCAUUUUCCAGACUCUCUUCCUGGAAUUUAAUAUACGUGAAACUACUGAAAAACAGGGGUCAACAGGGGUCAAGAAAAUAUUGUGGCUGAAAGAAAAGACCUUUAUUGUUUCAUGAAUUGUGCACUUAUUUGUAUAUAACAAUUUUUUUUUUGGCCUGUAAUUUAAAAAAAAUUCAGCCGAAAAAACCCCAAAUAAAAAAACUCAUGUUAGA